GAACGCUGCUGCUCUUGAACGUUUCCCUCGCUGACAGGAAGUGUGGAUGGACAAGACUCUGAGGAUGAAGAUCGCUGUGCUGGGAGCCACUGGGCAGACUGGUCAGUUUCUGGUCAACCAGGCGCUGCAGCAGGGUCACACGGUCACCGCCGUCGUCAGGAACCCGGGGAAACUUGCCAUACAUCAUGAUAAUCUCAAGGUGGUGGAGGCUGAUAUUUUCUCCGCGGACAGUCUGAAGAGUCAUUUCAAGGGACAGGAUGUGAUCAUGUCCUGCCUCGGCUUCCCGGCCUCCUUCUUCUCGGGCGUGUCGGGCUACACCCUGUCCAUGAAGGCUAUGAUCAGCGCCAUGCGAGAGGCCCGGGUCAACAGGAUCAUCACCAUGACCUCCUGGUACACUGAGCCCAACUCAGGAACGAACGCGCCUUACCUCAUCCGCUUCCUCCUGCUGCCGAUGAUCCGGAGCGUCCUCACCAACAUGUAUGAGAUGGAGGAGUUCCUGCAGAAGACAGAGGACGUCACCUGGACCGUGGUCCGUCCGCCUGGACUCAAGAACCUGGCGGCUUCAGCUCAAGAGUUUCUGACCCACGAGGGAUACUUUGUGCCCCCCAGCAGCGGUCAGCCUGCAGGCGGUGCGGUGGGAAGAGGAGACGUGGCUCGCUUCAUGCUCUCUCUGGUCAGCAGCAACGCCUGGGUCAAGAGGGGGGUCGCCAUCACUACCAAAUGAGAAAGGAAGAAGAGUAGUGGCCAUUGCCAAAGCGUCUGUUCACGUUUUCCAGCCUUGCAGAUAUUUAUUUAUAUUUCCUUUUCAGAUAUCAACCUUUGAGAUUUUUGGCCUCCACUGCAAUACAGCAGAGGCAUAUGGAAGGUUUUUGUUUUCAAAUCAUUCUCAAAUCUAAUCUUUAGACAUGUUCUUAAUUAACCUAGAGACCAUUUUGUCUAAAGAAAUGUCAGAAAAUGGUGAAAAAGUAAUUAUAGCGCAAGGUGACUUCUGCAAAUGUGUCAAAAACCCAAAGAUUUGUUAUGUUUUAAUAUCACACUUCAAAAAUAAAAGUAACAGUUUAAUCCACAUUUGAAUAAACCAAUGGUUUCUGCUUUGAACUGAUCAACGUGAAGGUUUGGGCUGCUGCAGGUAGUAACUGUCUUCAUGGUCUUCAUUCUGCCGGAGCUAAGGAAGAGUUGGGUUGAACUGGCCCUUUAUCAACAAUGGCAGUUUACUUCCUGCCUCAACAGCCUAUCGUUGCCUUAUACAUCUUUUUAAUGACUCUUGUUUAUUAUCUAUGUUUGUUGUUUGUAUGAUCAGGGAAAACUCAGCGAGGUUACACUGCUCUCACUGUUUGUAAGACAUGAUUACAGCCACAUGAGGUCAGUGUGGCGCCCCCUCCUGCAGCAGCAAGUGACCUGCGACUUCAUUUAACUUACCAAGUCUGUUCGCUUUUUAUUUAAAGUGGAUUUAUCAGAAUGAAAUAAAACCUUCCAGGUUCAAUAUGUUGUUAUUUAUCAGCAGUAAUUUAGAUAAAAAUGUACUACAUUAUUAAAAUCAGCACUCAGGAGACGUCUGUAUGUACAGUGUGUACAGUACAUGGGGAUGUUCCCCCAAGUCAAACUAUUUGAGGUAUUUGAAGUUACAGGAAAUUUAGGUUUGCUCUCUGAUGUUUGUUAAAAAAAUAUAUAUAUAUCUGAACGCCAAA